AUGUACAUUCCGAAGAAGGAUAACCGUCAGGCCCGUUGGAUGGCCAGAGAGAAGGCCAUGUCGGACCGUCCAGAGGAGAGCGGAAUGUUCGAAAAAAACGGAAUUCCGGUCGUCUACACCGACGGAUCGUGCACGAGGAACGGAUACGCUAACGCGAAAGCUGGGGCCGGAGUCUUCUGGGGACCCGAUGAUGCGCGCAACGGAAUGUACCCGGUGACGGGAGUGCAGACGAACAACCGCGCCAAGUACACCGCCGUCAUUGAAGCUCUGAAAGGUAGGAAGACUUCACCAACAACUCGAGAAGUUCUCUUUUCAGGCCCUGGCCCUUGAAAUCCUCCGGAUCUAUGUCAUCACCGACUGCAAGCUGAUCUUCAACACGAUGUACCUGUGGCUCGACGGGUGGAAGGAGGCCGGAUGGAUCAAUAGAAACGGCGUUCCGGUUGCGAACCGCGAUUUGAUCGAAGAAAUCGAGAGUCUGGUCGCACAAAUGAAGGUUUGUCAGAUGAGAGAUUUCACAUCAAAAAUAUUCAAUUAUUUUCAGGAAGUGCGUUUCCGUCACAUCCGCGGCCAUUCUGGACAACUCAUGA